GUUACACGGUGACUGUGCUUCCUGUCCGUGCUCCCGUCGGGGUGUUUUCGCUAGCUUGUCUAGCAGUUUGGUCAUGUUUCGGAAUGUUGUGGUUAGACUGGUGACGGAAACAGGACGUGUGAAGAAUGCUCCUUUAAUACAGAGGCUAACAGCCACUUCUGUGUCGGUCAGGAGUUUUUCGGGUGUGAAGGACGCAGAGCAGCAGCAGCCUUUUGACGGCUCACUUCUUGAGUUCUUGGUAUGUCCGCUGUCCAAGAAGCCACUGAGGUACGAGGCUGAGACCAACGAACUGAUCAACGAGGAGCUUGGCAUUGCCUUUCCGAUCAUUGAUGGCAUCCCCAACAUGAUCCCUCAGGAAGCCAGACUCUUACAGAAAGACACAGAUGCCUCAACCUCACCAACACAAGGCUAGAACCUCCAUCACAACACCUUCGGCUGAACCAAGGAAAGACUUUAAUCUGUUGGACUGAAUGAGACAAUACUUCAACACUGUAACUGGACCCUGCUCAGCUUAAAUUGACAUAUAGUAAGAACCUAUUCUGCAUUCUAGCCACCGGCUAAAAUAAAUCAUGCAAUAUAUCACCGUGGGUCUUUAGUUAGUCCAGUAGUCUGUCUCAGAACCCGUCUGUAAGUAUGUUCUCCCUGUCCAUGAUGGUCGGGCUGGUCCCAAUAGUGUCACUCUUGGGUUUGUUCUACUCUGCUGCCGUGGAUGACAACUUCCCUCAAGGCUGCACCAGCAGCAGCAGUCUGUGUUUCUACAGCCUGCUGCUGCCUGUCACCAUCCCAGUCUACGUCUUCUUCCACCUCUGGAGCUGGAUCGGGAUCAAGCUUUUUAGACACAACUAGGCUGUUCUCCUUCUGUUCUGUUGAACUUCAGUACAAUUCAGUCAUCUGUUGGUGAUGUACCUUGCAUUUCCAGACCUAUUCUGUCUCUUUCUGAUAAAUGGAAAAAAUGGAACGGUUUGUUAUCGACACAUUACAUGCACAGCUACAAUGGAGUUUAAUAGACAAGUGUUGCUUUCUCCACAAACACUAGAAUGAAAUGCUGCUGUAAUCCACAUUUUGAUUGCGAUCUAAAGGAAAUAGAAAUGUUGCAGGACAUAAGGCAGAACUAGGCAGGGCAGAAUUAAGGAAAUUCAAUGCAACAAAAAUAUGUGGAGAGCUUAAUUGAAGACUAGAAGGUUAAUAUGUUAGUCACAAAAGCUAGGAAAAAAAAUAAGAUCCUGUUGCCAAGUUUGUAAAUGACAAAGUAUUACAGUAAAUCCUGAACAUUUGCUUAGUACAGUGUAAGGUGGAAGGUUGACUAUUUGUGGAUGACAUAUACAUUGCUACUGAGGUGACGUUAAUAAAGACAAUAAUACACAAUG